UAAUCUAUAAUUCCUUAUACCCCUCCUCCAGAUCUUCCGGCUUUUGUUUUUUUGAGGCACCAUCCUUGUGAAGCAGCACGCGACAAACCUCAUCCCCGGUUCCAGCACCAAAACGACACCAUACGGCGAGAACGACACAGCAAUUGAGGUGACUCAACUACAAUUACAUUCACAAUGUCGAACAAAUUGGACGCGAUGAAGCCGCAGAGGAAGAUUGAGCUCUUUUCAGGCUCAUACUUUGCGGCGUGUACAAUGGGUGGUAUUAUCGCGUGCGGGCCUACACAUACUAUGGUUACCCCGCUGGAUCUGGUAAAAUGCCGCCGUCAAGUCGACUCCAACCUCUACAAAUCCAACUCGCAAGCGUGGAAAAUGAUCUAUUCCAAAGAGGGUCUGCGCGGUGUAUUCUUUGGUUGGACACCCACUUUCAUCGGCUACUCCAUGCAAGGGGCUGGCAAAUACGGUUUCUACGAAGUCUUCAAGUACCUGUAUGGUGAGAAGCUUGCUCCCGGCGCCCCGCAAACGGUUGUAUAUCUCGCUGCCUCCGCUUCCGCCGAAUUCCUCGCCGAUAUUGCCCUGUGUCCUAUGGAGGCAAUCAAGGUCCGGAUGCAAACGACCAUGCCACCGUUCGCAAACACACUAAGGGAGGGCUGGUCGAAGGUGAUCAAGGAAGAGGGCGUUGGCGGUCUUUACAAGGGCCUGUAUCCUCUGUGGGCGCGUCAAAUCCCAUACACCAUGGUCAAGUUCGCCACGUUUGAAGAGACUGUCAAGCAAAUUUACGGCUUCUUGGGUAAGCCAAAAGAGUCGUACGGAAGUCUACAGCAAACUGGUGUGAGCUUCCUCGGUGGAUACAUCGCUGGUAUUGGAUGCGCGGUCGUCUCGCACCCUGCAGAUGUCAUGGUCUCGAAGCUCAACAGCGACCGGAAGGCUGGCGAGGGCGCUGGCCAAGCUAUUGGCAGGAUAUACGGCAAGAUCGGUUUCGGUGGUCUUUGGAACGGACUGCCUGUCCGUAUCUUCAUGAUUGGUACUUUGACUGCGUUCCAAUGGCUUAUCUACGACUCCUUCAAGGUCUACCUUGGUCUACCUACUACCGGUGGCCACUAAGCCAUCUACUACACGAAGAGAGUGCGAUAGUCAUGGCGUGUAAGGUGUUCUUGGAGUAAGACUAGCGGAUGACUACUACCUAAUGACGUUUAGUUGAUGUAAUUUACUUCCUGCUACCCGUGGUUGUCAAUACUAACAUUAUCUGUUCCUACUCACAAGACUGCCCCCUCAUCCUAGUCGAUAUGCAUCAUUCAAUCUAGUAUUUUGCGAC